CUGGUUUACAGCUCAGUGGGUCUAAAUUCUGCACUACAUUUUUAAAGAUGCAUCGUCUCGACAGCAUAAAUGUUGAAGGCUUACUGAACCGGUUAAAAUAGGAUGUCAACAAAUGACGCAGGAGAGUUGGAGGAGCUCUCAGUUGUAGGAGGAGAGACAACUACGCCUCUGUACAGCACAGCACAAGCAGCAGCGACACAGACUGCAAGGAAGGAGAGUCAUGAAACCACAACUUGGCAGCACUCUCACCAGUUAACCAAAAGACAGGAGGAAACACACAAAGCACUAAUAUGUGAACAAAGAAAAGAAGAUGCUGUUCAAUGUGGUGAUUCGAAGAUUCAGAACCAGCAGCAUAUUAGACCCAGAUUGACCUCCAGCAUCUUUGUGAAACUCUCCAGCAAUGCGUGCCUUGACAAUCCACAGAGUUUAACUGAACCACAGAGGCCCGAGACCGAGAACAGCAGCUGUCGUGGUCUGGAUCGUAAUGUUAAUGGACAAACAUCACCACCAGACAUCUUUAUAGAUGUAGCCAGUGACUCUCCAUUACCAGAGAAGACACCAUUUCCAGCCAAGAAGGAAGAAGACUUUAUCACAGUUGUUUUUAAUGGAUUGGAGACUACCAGGGACUUGAGUAUAACUCCUAGUCUUUCAAAUAGUGACUUUGAACUAUUAGAACACAAUGGCUUGUGCACACCCCUUUGUGCAUCACAACCAAGAAGGACUGGGUCUGGAUCAUUUGAGUUAGAUAUAAAGGACUAUACGAGGCUUGAGAACCAAACUGAUUUUGAGGAACUGUCAGACCGUAAUGUAAACAUGUUGUCUUCCACUGUGGUAACAGUUCUUGCUCCACAAUGGAGUGGCCGAUUACGACGGACCAAAAGAUUUGAGGGGACUGGGAAUUUGGAAGCCCAUGGGAGUUUACAAGAUGUGACAAACAUUGAGUCAAACCGUCCACGUGAAUGCUUUCAGGGGACUCAGAACCAACAUGGUGUGGAGAGGAUGUUCACAGAUGGAUCCCACGCCCAACUAAGGGUCCCUUUUCUGGGCACCCGGAGUAACACAGUGGGCUGGUCCUCUAAGAGUGGUCCAGUAAGCUUGGACUAUGAAUCCAAGAGGAAAAUGGUUCACUCUGCCUCUUUGGAUGUAAACUCUGGAAGGAUGAUCAACAGAAGAACAGAUGCAGGUGCAUUGAGCCCCGUAGCCACAACUGCAUCCUCUGUGUCGCCCCACUCCCUUCAUCCAAGUGAACAAAAGAGGAGUCUACAAACUGGUCAUCAAGGAGGACUCUCAUCUUUAAGCUCAAAACCAACAACCAGCAGUCUUCUUCUGUCACUAAGAAGAUUCAACUCCAAUAGCAGGAGCUCUAAUCCAAACCCCACCGUCUCUGGGAUAAGCCCUGCACCUCUGAGCAAUGAUCGGGAUGGAAAACAGUUUACUACACACCUCUCUCAAACAUUUCUUAAUAAUAAUGAGCAAGACAGGGUGAAGCCCCUCCACUCAACGUCAUCCAUGUCUUAUAGGAGAACUGAAACUGGGCAUAUCUUUUCCCCAUCAUCUUCCAAUUACAAAGAAAGAGACGCAUCCAAAACAUGUUUCCUUUCAUCUUCAACCAUCAACAAAGUCACAGAAGAAACACCUUAUGCCCAACAACAUCCAACAAUAAUUAAGACCCAGUCCAGUCUUUCGUGUUCCAAACAGGCAUUUCCAAGUAGAGGACCAUCAGAAAGGCAUCAGAGCUUGAGGGGUUCAGACAAAAGUACAAACAUAUUCACAGAGGCCUCAAUGUCUUCGUCUAGACAUUCCCCAUAUGACUCCUCUGCCCUCCUAAAUUCUCGUUCUAUUCCUAGAACCACCCUGACCUCCACUUCCUGGUGGAAACAAGUUACCCCAGAAGGCAGUACCCCUCUAACCCUCAAUGAUACAACCAACAUCAAAAACAAGCCAAACACAAUCUUAGUGCCACCCUGUAAUGAUAAUAGUGACUUUGCCUAUCAAAGCCCAAAUGACAACCACAUAUGUAGUAGUCAAAUGCCUAAUAACAGGGAAAACAACAACACAACAGAGUCAGUUUGCAAAGGUAACAUGAACCUGGUUAUGAAGACACAGGGGGGAACACACCACCUCAAACAAAGAAAUACUGAGGAUUCACGUGACCAUGAAUCAGACAGGCUUGUCAAACAGCAGCAUGGCUUCAAUUUAAACAGGGAGCUACAGAAGCCACAUAGUUUUCCUGAUUUUUCGUCCAGUACUAAAAUUAACAGAGCUACCAUGCAAACAACAGUGAUUCACUCUAAAGAUCUCAGCAAGCAUGAUGUAAGCAACAGUUCAUUUACAGCACAUGUAACUGAAUUACCACCUACUUUGCUAAAUCUCAAGAGCUCAAAUACACCCACUGAGAGCAGCAUCAAAUACAAAAAUAAUCAUUGUCCACUCAAAACCAACAACAACCCUGUAUCUUCUCACAACAGGGACUCUCAAAUGUUUACCAAACAAUCUCUCUCUCUUGAGACCACCGAUGUUCUCAACAGUGAAACUAUUAAAUCUAAAUUUGUCUAUGGUCUCCCCCUGACCCAAAAUACUAGAACCAGUCCCUCUUUCCAAUCCCAUCCCAUCCCAGUUUGUUCUCAGACCAACAAGCAAAAUGCUUCAUCAUACAAUAUCUCUUCUUCACAAACACCCAAAUUCCAAACAGCCACCACCUCACCUCUUGGCUUUGAAAGAAACUAUGCCUCCAUCCCCAAGCCUUUCCACUCUAAAACUGCAUCUAGCUCUAUUCCCACAGUCGAUACUAUCUCUAAAACAAACUACAGCCGUGUAUCCACCAGCAGCCGUCCUGAAGCCACAACUGCCCCCAACCCAUCCCUUCUUACUCCUCCCAUCAAUCCUGCCACAUCUUCUCCUACCACUAUCACCAUCUCCCCUCUCCUAACCCCCCCUGCCACCCCAGUCACUACCAGCCCCAUCUACUCAGAGACCUCCAACCUUAAGGAAGGGAGGACAAUCUCUAGCAGCCUAGAAAGUGACCCUAAGAAACAUAGCCCCCGGGCAGAGGGAAAGAGAGUGAGGCGAGUAACAUGGGAGGAUUCGGUGGAUCAGCAGCAUUCUGAGCCUGUCUCAUUGGAGAAGCCAGAUCCAUCUCCAACAAGAUCUCUAUCUCCACGAAGCAUUAGGGCUCCAUCCAUCUUCUCCUUUCUAAGAUCAAGCAGUUCAUCCACAAGUACAUCUCAGCUUUGCAAUCCUACACCCAAAACCUCUAACAUAGAGGUAAGAAGAGGAGAGAAGUAUCGAUCUUUAUCAUCUGACUCUGAUUUAACAUCCAGAGAACGAGAAAGAACCAAGCAAAGAUCUAAUGACACUAUGACUUUUGACCAGGGAAGAAGAGAAUCAGCCGCAUCCAGAAAGGAGCGGACGCAAUCAGUGGAGUCUGGCACAGCCCAGUGCCGUUUCCCUGCACCUCUCGCCCUCCCUCCUGACUUUUCAACUGGUUAUUUGCUUCGUUACAGCUCCCCUCCUUAUUCCACUCUCAAGUCUACCAGGUCAACACAAGGAGAAACUAAGAAUAUAACACCCAGAUCACCCCUCUUCCAACAACCCUCUCAGUCAAAUAACACCCCACAUCCUCUCUUACGUACCGACCCAGUGGCAGAUAUGACCAUACCUUUGUCCGAACUGACCCCGUCACCUAUCAACUCACCCCAGCCAUUGUCCUUGUCCUUGCCUCAAAGCAAAAUUGCUAUGCAAGGGAGCUCAGUGUGUGGUGUUUCACAAAGAGGUCAAGUUAAUAAUAAUCAUUCCAAGAAUAUAAGCCAAGAUCACCAAAAUGGCCAGAUAUUACUUGUUGACAACAGAGUUCAUAUCAGCUCAAAGUCUUUGCAGGAUGAUGAGGCAUACAACUCAACAUGUGUAACUGAGACACUGGUUUACAGCAUUAAAUCUAAAGUAGAUACAGCUGCACAAAAGAACACAGGACCUGUAUCUUUGCAACAUAAUGUAAACACACCAAUGUCUGUGGAGACCAAGUUAAGUCAACAGUCACACACACCUCAGAGUAAGGGAGCAGCAGGUGAACCAUGCAGUCAUUCAAGCCAGAGCUCCAGUGGUAGCAGCUCAACAGACAGCCAGUCUCUGGAUGACGAACGCUGCAACAGAAGAAUGAAAGAGAGUAAAAGCAGGUUUUUUUCAGUGGAGAGCAAUAAUGAACAAAGCCCAAAGAGAAGCCGUUUUGUACUGAAGAAAAGCAUCAGCACCCCAAACUCCAGUUUGUCAAGGUCAGACUCGGAAAGGGCCAACAAGACUAAUAAAAGAAUGGACCAGGUCCUUAACAAACUGAGGCAAACAUUCAGUACUAAACGGUCUGAUGAUGAUGCUUUAUUUCCAUGGAAAUGGAAGCGGGGCUCCCAAACACCUCCUGUCAGCGGGAUGAAGGACAUCAGCAACAGUGAUAAAACCCUAGAGGAGCUAGAGCAGGAGAGAGAGGAAUUGCUGCAGAACAAUGAGAAGGGAACAGAAGAGAACAGAUGGACACAAAACAGAUACACUCCCAUACCAUCUGUGGCUAUAGGAAACAUAAUGGCAGAAGAUGAGUUCUCCAUUUGGUCAGACAAAUUAACUCCAGAAACUGACCAAGAAGAUCAAAAUGCUUAUGCAGAACACACGUCUGAAAAUAAAACUCAAGCUCAUUUGACAAUCCAUAGUCCCACAACUCACCAGUUUGACUUAAACACGUACGACAAGACAGAUCAUCAACAACAAACAUCAAACCAAUUUCUCUCUUGUAGAGAUCCCAGUCCUGGUAGGAGUUCUAACCCCUCUGAUGGGCAUUCUGCUCAGUUCAGGAAAUCCACGUCUAGCCCUAGGAGCCCCUUCUCUCCCUUCACCUCUCUUUCCCCUCUCUCCCCAUUUUCCUCACCUGAACCUGUAACAGACGACAGUGUCUUCUACAGCCCAAAGUUGCAGCAUCGCCGAGAAUCUUCCUCGCCACGUGAGCCAGGAGAGGGGAUCAGCCUGGGGGGAUCAAGGAGAAGCCGAGCAUCCACAGGCCCUCCAAGUGUAGGUCCAGGACCAGACAAGGAACAUUUGUCAUCCUCCUAUGCAGACUUAAAGUAUGGUAUUGAGCCUGGGCGGUCAUUUUCUGUGAGUUCGGUUCUCUCCAGUCGACCCUCAGGGACAGGACGCAUCUCCACUGGAUCCAGGUUCAUGAGUGUGGGUGACCUCUCUGAAUCUGCCUUGGCUUGUGGAGGAACUGGCAAAGACUUUUAUCAUGGUUUUUCUACUCCUGAUUGGACAGAAUAUGAUUGUGGACCCACCAGUGACUGUCAUAUGCCAUAUUUCUCUAGUAACCCUGGUAAAAUGAGAUCGAGAUCUCUUCCUCGAUCACUGACCAGGCGCUUGGCAAAUUGGAGCUCAGAGGCUUCUGCUGCUCCACCUGUAAGUACUACAACUUCAAAGCUAGCCCCCCUAGCCUGGAGUCCUAAUAUGAAUACUUGUCACUUUGUAUGGGAUACAGACUGUCCACCGACCCCACCUCCAACACCUCCUCUGUCACCAGUGUCCAGACGCAUAUCCAAACCCAGCAAUUCCUCUCCUCCCCUCCCCUUGCUCAGCUCACCAGGACCGCCACAGGAGAGUCAGUCCUCCAGAGGUUGUUUGCCCUCCAGGGGUUACAUCUCCAGCCUCACUACCUUUGAGGAGUCUUCAGACAGUGGCUCAGACACGACAACAGAUGAUGAAUAUUACUUAGAAACAGGUGAAGACGAUGAAAAAGAGACAGAAUUAUGAAAGCAGAAAAACAAUUGCUAUAAAUCUUUCCUUCUCUUAAGUCUUUCUGAUCCUUGAACUUUAUUAUUUAGACAAAGGAGAAGAACAUGGGAGAGAAGAAGAAAGAUGGGUAUAAUCUGUUGUGUAAAGUGGCCUCCGCUUGUGUCCUAUUUUUGUUUUCUCUCAUUGUCACCAAAGAAGUCGAUGGGGACAGUUAUUUAUCGGCAUGAUAGGUUUUAUAAUGUAGUGGUUACUGUCAUGUUAAAAAGACAUUAAUUGAGUAAGCAUGAUAUUAUAAUGUAUGUACAGUAUGUACAGUAAAGUGUAUGUGUAUGCUAUUUAGGGAUAAAUAAUGAAUGUUCAGCGCUUGUGCUUUGGACAGUUGCAUGGCAUCAGUGACAGAUGUACAGUACAUAUGUGUAGUUGUUUCAAUGAUCAAACUACUGUGUAAGUUCUGGUUUUUGACAUUUUCGCUUAUCUUUAGGUUUUUUCAUUUCAUUCUGCUACUUAAUAAGUGCUGAGGUAAUUUGAGCAAUUGUGUUUUAAGUUUGAAGAUUUAGCUUUAUAGUGAUAAAUGUUGUAAGCAUUAAGCUGUUUAUUUUUGUAGCCACUUGUUUUUAACAGGCAGUGUUGUCGUGAUGGGAUAAAAUAUUUUAUGUCAUAAUUAACAUUUAUUAUCAAACAUAAAGUGCUCUAUGCAGUGCCUGGUCUUAUUUGCUACCCUAAAUAUUUGCACAGUGUCAACUUAAAUUCUUAAUAUAUCUAUUUUAUAAAUAAAUGUUAUA